UCUCACUCACUCCUCCUCCUUCAUCUCCUUCAACCAUGUCCACAACCACUCUCCUCUUCUUCUCUCUCAUCUUCUCAUCUCUUCCACUAUUCAGUUCCACAACCAACAUCCACUCCAACCCCUGCCGGUCCUUCUGCGGCAACAUCACCGUCGACUAUCCUUUCUCCCUCCAGAACGGCUGCGGCCAUCCUGGCUACCGCGACCUUCUGUACUGCAUGAACGAUGUUCUAAUGUUCCACAUCCGAUCCGGAUCCUACAGAGUCUUGGACAUCGAUUACGCUUACGAAUCCCUAACUCUCCACGACCCUCACAUGUCGACCUGCGACACAAUCGUCCUAGGAGGUCGAGGCAACGGCUUCGACGUCGAAGAGUGGCGGUCGCCGUACCUAAAUCCGACGUCCGAUAACGCCUUUCUCCUCAUCGGCUGCUCCGCCCAAUCGCCGCUCUUCCAAGGAUUCCCAAACAAGCAUCUCGUCUGUAGAAACAUUUCCGGUAUGAGCUGCGAGGAGUAUUACGACUGUCCGGCGUGGGAUUUACUGGGCCAUCGGCGACCGGAUCGGGUUUACGGGUCCGGCCCACCAGAGUGCUGUGCGAUUCCUUUUGGGUCCAUUAAGGCCAUAAAUCUCACGAAACUCCAGUGUGAAGGCUAUAGUAGUGCUUAUAGUUUGGCCCCGUUGAGGAUUAAUGGGCCUGAUGAGUGGGCCUACGGAAUCCGUGUGAAAUAUUCCGUCCAAGCAAAUGAAGACUUUUGCCGAGCGUGCCAAGCCACUGGCGGCACGUGCGGCUAUGGCACCGAUGGUGAUAGACAGUUGUGCAUGUGUGGGACCACCAAUUCUACCUCUACUUGUGAUUUCCUUAUGAGCUCAUUAUCAACGAGGAGGACGUCAUGGACAAUAAUCAAAUCCAUAUUCGCAGGAAGCUUGAUGCUGAUGCUAUCUUAGGCAGAGAAGAGCCAACUACGAUAUGGGACAUUGCUUAUAGCUAGGCCAAAGAAAAUCUGCCGAUGAGAUCAGAGUAUUAAUAUUUUGAUGUACACGUGUACGGUGGAGAAAAUUAAAUCGACUUAUAAAUUUUGAGCAUUUUAUGGAUUUUAAUAAUGCAUUUGGCAUAUGGAAGUUGGAAGCUGAUUCAUGAUCAUGUAAGCCCGUGGCUGAUUUUCGGGCAAUUUUUGUACUUUUGUAUUUUUUUUUUUUUUUUUUUUUUGGAAACAUAGUAUUUCUGUUUACUCGUUAGCUCAUCAUUCUCCUUUGUUUUAAAAUUUUAUAUGUAUUAAUAGUGACAUUUAUUGAAGGA